AUUAAGUAAUGUGUAAGUCUUAUACUGAUUAUUUAUUAUUUUCAAACAAUAGAAAACUCGUUAUAUCGAAUAUUGAUAUGAGAAUUGCAGUUUCCUUCAUGUGGUUGUCAUGUAAAAUUAUGCAAGUUUUUUAUAAAAUUCCAUAAAAUUAUGUAAAUCUUAAUUCCGUGUUAGCAUUGAAAUAGAUAAUUAUGUCUUUCAAGUGGAACGAAAAUUUCACUCUUAUCUUUUUAAAUGCGUAUCGAAAGUACCCGUGUCUUUGGAAUCCGCAUUAUGUGAAAUAUUACGAUUGUUUAGCCAAAAAUGAAGCACUGCAGAAUAUCGUUAAAGAACUUAAUAUACCCGAAUUGAAUAUAUCUGAUUGUUUAGAACAGAUUAAAGUAAUAAGAGAAAGGUAAAAGCAACAAGAGAGAGAAAAAUAAACGAUAGAAAUCUUUAUUUAUUUUUGUAUAUAUGAAGAUUUAUAUCUAAUUUUUACUCAUUUAAAUUGAAUCAAUUUUAAAAGUGUUAUUCUUAUCCUAGAUAUAGACAGGAACAAAAAAGAGUUAUCAAGAGACUUCAAUUAGGCAAAUCGUAUAAAUCUCCGUUCGCUUGGUUUCCUGUUGUAGCUGGCAUGUUAACAAAAGUGAUUGAUGAUGAAGAUAAGUUGCAGAACAGAAUGGAAUCAGUGAAAACAAUAUCUUUUUCAAAGGAUUACAUUGCAACACCAUACGACAAAUGUGACAAAAAUAUAUCUAAUUUUCCUUGUGUGCAUAGAAGACAAGAUUAUAAGACAAAACCAAGAAAAAAUACUAAAUUUACAAAAACUGGUACGCUUGAUAUAAUAGAUCGUAAAAGCGUAAGGCAGAAUGAUGCGCAUUUGCUACAAUGUCCAUUCUGUGGUUGGGAAGAUAAAAAAUAUAACAGAUUGGAUAUAACUACCAGGAAAGCUUAUGAACAAAUAAAACCAUUAGAUAUCGCAGUUCCUUGCCCAGAAUAUUUAGCCAAUAAAUCUUACGAAUACAAAGCACGUCAACAUCAAAUAGCAGAUACUAAGUAUCAAGGAAAAUGUAGUAAUAUAAUCACAUGCCAAAGUUUUCCUAGUAGAUUACUCAGCUAUACUGGCUGUCCUGCAGACAUAUUAACAACUCAUACAUACUAUCCACAAGACACUCGCAGUUAUAUAAAUCAACAAAUGACACCGAGAGAAAUUGUUACAGCCAAAUCAAAAUUUUGUACAAGAGAAACACAAUUGUCGAAUGAUCAAUUAUUCCCGGAAAGACGAAGGAAAGAAGUUGAGACUAGUAGUAGUAUUCAGCACCACGAUAAAGGAAUACAAAACACAAUUUGCGUAUCCAAAAUAGAGACAGAUGUAAGAAAAUAUUAUAGAGAAGUUCAACAGAAACCUUCAAUACUUCAGGAAGAAGCAAUAAAUACUACGGAACAGUGUGAUAAACAAAUUCAGAAUACCGUCUGUGUGAGUUUAAAUGAUUGCCAAGCUUCUCCAAAGUCUUUUUCAACACGAGAAGCAAAGCAAAUUGAUGCGAAUAUUGUGAAAUGUCCUGCUAACGACGUACGAAAUAUGAUUGGUAUAAAAUUAAAGACCGUAGAAGGAUCUAUGCCGAAUUUUGUACUAAUAACUACCGACGGAAAUUAUUUACCUUCGAUACAAAGAGAUUUGAAGAAAUUGACAAUUAAUAAAUGUCAGAAAGAUGAAGAUCAUGAUCAGAAAGAAAUGAAAGAAAUCCGUCUAGAUGACAAGAAAUUCAUUAAAAAUGAAGCGUGCGUUAAAGAAACUUGCUCUAGUGACACAAUGGAGAUUAUCAAGUAUAAUUCUGUAGUGACACAAGCUUUACUUGAAUGCUUGGAAAAAGUGAUCCAAGAAAGAACCAAAAUUUGCUCCGUUACGUCGUUUUUAUCGAAAAGAGAUAACGUAAAUUCUAAUUCUUCUGAGGUGACUGUUUGUGAUCAAAAUCCAUGCAAAUUUGCAAAUGGGAAUGCAUUUUCUCGCAUUAGCUCUUUCUCUGAUGUUAAAUUAGAAAUCCCAAGUUAUUUACCGUGUUGUUUGGAAAAAACAGAGAAAGACAAUGCUGUAGCAACGUUUACUAAUACUUUCUUAGAGCUAAUGAAGCAUGCUCUUGUAUUGAAUAGCAAGAAUGUACAAGAGUGCUGUGUAACGAAAGAAGAUGCAAUUGAUACAUUUAUCGUUUUAAGUCAAAUAAAAGAAUGUGCAGAUAAAAUUUUAAAGAUAUGUAUGCUCGUAGAUUAUUCCAAAAAAUUAUUAUUAAAUAAAUUCUAUUCUAAAACCAAAUCGAAAAGUAAAUACUGUUCGAAGAGAAACUCUGCUUUAAAUUCGACUGAUUGUCAGACUCAAGAUACGAAGGCUGUCGUAGAUCAAUUUACAGCCUUUUGUGCAAACUCGAAAAACUUAGAAAUACUUUAUGGACCGUCUACGUCGAAAAUUAACAGGAUUGAUUUUUCAGAGAAUGGCAUCACACAUGCAGAAACAACGAUGGAAAAACCUUUCGUCGAGGAUAAAGAUAUUACCGUAUGUACAGAGAACCAUGAUAUCGGUUUAAAUGUAUCAUUAUCGCAGCUUCGUGAUAUGGGAACUCAGUACACUCCAAAGAAAUUGCAAGAUACAAGCGUCGUAACCGAUCGUAGUUUUGAGGGGAAGAUAAGUGUUGCCACUCAAAAUCGCGAGCCUAUUUUGAUUCGUGUAAUCAAAUCUAAUAAUAGCGUAGGUAUUCUAAAAUUGGAUAAGGAGACAUGUGUUCGCGAUGCCCACAUUCUGCGGAUGAUGAGCGUCGAUAAGUGCACGGAAAACAUGUAUCAGAAAUACACGGUUAGAGAAUUGUUACAUCCUGGUAUUUCUCAUGUACGCGAAAGAGAAGUGAAUUGCAUAGACUACCGCGCGUCCUUGUUACCAGACGGGAUUUAUAAAUACGACAAAAGAUGCAAAAGUUUGUUGCCACGGAAUUACGACUGGACCAAAGCAAAUAUUUCAAACCUUGGAUCAUCACUGAAUCAACGCGUUUCCAAAAUUCCAUUGUAUGCGAAAUCGCGCAAGUACACACGGAGGAGGACCGAUUUGUAUGAAAUGUCACAGUCAUAUGUGUAAGCAGUAUUUUUAAUUAAUGUCGAUGCAAUAUGAUCAACAAAUGUAAAUUAUACAAAUAAAUUUUAUAGAUCUAUAAUUAGUUUUUCGCUGAGGUUGAAUAAAUCAUGAUUUGUAAUUCAAAUUCUAUUUUAUUACAUGAAAAUGUAUGUAAUAUGUAUAAUAUUUUCACAAUUAAAAUAUGGGUAUUCCUAAUUGUAAAGGACACAUCUAUUCACGAGACUUAAAGCAAACUCUCAAAUGUGUGAUAUACAAUUUCAAUAUUUAAAUUUAAUAAAAUAGUAUAAAAGACACACUUCUAUUUUUUCACAAUGCUUGUUUUUACAUACAUAUUAUUGUAUAUUGUUUUAACAUCUUACACAUUUUUGUUUUGUAGGAUUUACAAAUCAGUAAUACAGUAAUUUAGCAGU